AUGAGGAAAACGGCUCCGAUGCCAAAGACGCCUUUAGGUGGAGCGGCAUGUAAAAUUCCGAAGGUGGGCGUGUUUGUGUCCGAAGUAGCUGUCGUUUUGUCCGCCUUCGUCGGCGACCACAAUGUAUCGGACUAUGGUCUUCCAGCUAACCCCGAGAACCUGAAUGCAGUGUGUGAGGCAGUCUAUGAAAAGUUGCUCGAGGUAAGAAAGCAGUUUUGCUUAUUAGCACUCAAUUCAUUUCACUGCUUACGUGUUCACUGCACGGUCAUUCUCGCGGCUACUUGA